AUGCCAAAGUGGGCACAUCUCGGCCUGGUGACUCUCCUUCUGCUUUCCGCCGCCUUGGCGGGUGGUUCCGACAUCGAUUGGUGGGAAAACGCCGCCCUGUACCAGAUUUACCCGCGCUCCUUCCAGGACAGCGAUGGCGAUGGCAUCGGCGACCUGAAGGGAAUCACAUCCCGGCUGGGCUACCUUAAGGAAAUCGGCAUUACAGCUACCUGGCUGUCGCCAAUUUUCACCUCGCCAAUGUCAGACUUUGGCUACGAUAUCUCCAACUUCUACGACAUCGAUCCGAUAUUCGGUACUCUGUCAGACUUCGAUGCUCUGAUCGUCGAGGCCAAGUCGCUGGGCGUGAAGAUCAUUUUGGACUUUGUGCCCAAUCAUUCGAGUGAUGAGAACGAGUGGUUCGAGAAGUCGGUGAAUCGCGAGGAAGGAUACGACGACUUCUAUGUGUGGGAUGACGGAAAGCUAAACGAGGCUACGGGCGAAAGGGAGGCACCCUCGAACUGGAUCUCAGUGUUUGGGGGACCCAUGUGGACGUGGAACGAGAAACGCCAGCAGUACUUCCUUCACCAGUUCCAGGUAAAGCAGCCCGACCUCAACUUCACCAAUCCAAUGGUAAGGGAGCACAUGCUCGACGUGCUCAAAUUUUGGCUGGAUCGUGGAGUGGACGGAUUCCGUAUCGAUGCAGUGCCCCACAUCUAUGAGAGGCGCGAUGCCGACGGCUCGUAUCCGGAUGAGCCGAUAAGUGGGUGGAGCAGUAAUCCGGAAGCCUAUGACUACCAUGACCACAUCUACACCAAAGACCAACCUGCCACCGUUGAUCUAAUGUAUGAAUGGAGGGCUUUUUUGGAUGCCUAUCGGGCGGAGAAUGGAGGCGAUUCCCGAGUACUUUUGGCUGAAGCUUACUCCUCUGUGGAAACUCUGAGCGCCUACUUUGGCAACAGUACCCACCUCGGUACUCAGCUGCCCAUGAACUUCCAGCUGAUGUACUUGAAUGGCUACUCCACCGCCAAGGAUGUGGUCGGAUCCAUUGACUACUGGAUGAACACCAUGUGGAAGGAUCACCAGACGGCCAACUGGGUAGUCGGAAACCACGACAAUAUUCGAGUGGCCGAUCGCUUAGGAGCCCACAAGGUGGAUCUGCUGAAUGUAAUAGUUAACGCCCUGCCAGGAGCAUCGGUUACGUACUACGGCGAGGAGAUUGGCAUGUCCAACGUGGACAUCGAGUGCACCGGCGACUCCUGUGAGGACCGUGAUGGAGAACGGACCCCCAUGCAGUGGACACCAGGACAGAACGCUGAUUUCUCUGCGGGAGAAACAACCUGGUUGCCCGUGAAUCCAGAUUACGUAAGGUACAACGUGCAGACUGAACGUGGAGUUUCACGAUCUUCACUUAACAUCUUCAAAGGACUCCAGGCAUUGAAGAGUAGCUCUGCCUUCCUGGCGUUUAAGGAAGAGGGUGGUUUCUCCUAUGAAGCCGUCACAGAACAGGUACUGCAGAUUAUUCGUACAAACAAAAUCAGCGAGGAAUAUCGGAUUCUGGUAAACAUGGGCAACAACAUGGAGAUCUUGGAUGGCCUAGACUCCAAAACCUACGAAUAUGUCUUGCUUACUGCUUACUCACCACGUUAUCCGGGGAACACUGUAAACCUAAAGGAGAGAAUCAUUCUCAUGCCAUACGAGGCCGUAGUUUUGCAUUGGCAUGCCUGAAGUAUUUUUAUUUGAUUAAAAUUAACUUUAAAAACAAAA